CACCUCUACUCUAAGUGUGCCCGCAUCGGCGAAUUAGCAAAUUUUGUAGAAAAUUUUUGUGCCGCCUGUGAUUGUAAAUUGUAAUUGUUUAAUAAAAAAGAAUGGCUAAACUGUUUAAUAAACUCUUGCUGAUUGCCGGAUUCGCCAGCCUGGCCCAUGCCGCUUUUUCUGCUGCCCACCAUCGCACCUACUUGCGGCUGACGGAGCAGGAAUGGACUAGUCUGCCUUUGGAUAUCAUCUUGCAAACCGUCAUCAGCUUGGUGAUUGUGAUAUACAAUAUCAUCGAGGUGGUGGGCAACUUCAAGGAGAUCCGCGCCACCGUGGACAUGCAACAGAAGACAUGGGACACACUGGGCAACUUCCCUUCGUUCUAUUCCUUCAAUCACCGUGGACGUGCCUUGAACCCGGGCUAUACGCUGCAGGAAUAGAAGGCAUUUUCGAAUCCGAAUCGGAAUCCCUUUAAGGUUGCUGCUAUAUAAUUUAAUUUUUUAGUCACACCCCUGAUACAAGAUAAUAAUAAU